CGUCGGCACCUUCCCACGGCGGCUUCACGCUCGCUCCUUCCCAAAAGAAGAUGGCGUCCUCUGUUUGGAAGGGUCUUGUUGGGAUUGGGCUUUUUGCUUUGGCUCAUGCUGCCUUCUCAGCGGCUCAGCAUCGAUCCUACAUGCGACUUACUGAAAAGGAAAAUGAAACCCUACCCGUGGAUAUAGUCCUUCAGACCUUGUUGGCAUUUGUAGUCACUUGCUAUGGCAUUGUACACAUCGCCGGGGAGUUUAAAGACAUGGAUGCAACAUCAGAACUAAAGAACAAGACAUUAGACACCCUCCGAAAUCACCCAUCAUUUUACCUCUUCAAUCAUCGUGGGAGAGUCCUUUUCCGAUCUCCUGAAGAAAACACUCCAAGUCAGCAGGCACUCCCCUCUAAUCCUUUACGGCUGCGAAAACUGGAGCCAUUGCGUCAAUGAGAAUUAUUUGGAUUCUCUGGAUUAAGAAUUUAAUGUGACUGGAGUGUAAAAAAAAAAGACGACAAAAAAAUAAAAAGGUCCUCUUAAUGGUAGUGGCAGGCGAGAGACGACAUCUUACCUUAGUACUCAAAACCUUUGGUGGUGUUUGUGUCAUUUUUACUUUCAAAAUUACGCCCAGAGUUAUUUUUGAAAUUUGAUUCCCGUAUUCUGUAUGUAAUAUAGCAUCAUUUGAAGCAGCGCAGAGCAAUAAGUUUUGUUUUUUUUUACACUCCACUGUGGUUGAUGUACACUUCUAGUGCUGGAUAUAAAGCAAAUUUCAGAAACAAUAUUUCUUUCUUACUAUUCUGGAUUUUGUAAUAAAGACAGUUACAAGAUAUGUUCUUAUUUAAAACCGUUCUAUUAAAAAAAUAAUAAUAAAAACCACAAAAAACUCGCACAUUAAGAAAGCAGUAUAUGUCAUACCGUAUCAAUUACCAAGUGUGAAGCAGCUAGUAUAAACAGGAAUAUGUACAAAACGUAAAUAAUUUUUAACUUAAUAAAUUCAGUUUUGGAAAAAAAAAAA